AGCCUAAGAUUAUCUUUGGGCCCCCAGUUUUCAACAUCCGAGGAACACUUUCCUUCUCUGCGCUCUCUCUCUCUCUCUGUCUCUCUCUCUGUUCCGCAGCUCCAGACCAGAGUAAUUGGUUCGCUUGAAAGAACAGAACAGAAGCUAUUGUUCAAACUUCAAAGAACGACAAUGGAGGGCAUCAAGGGGCUUCUCAAGAUUCGAGUCCACAGAGGUAUCAAUCUCGUUGUUUGCGACACUCUUAGCAGCGAUCCUUACGUUGUCGUCACCAUGGGAGACCAGAAGGUAAAGACCGGGGUGAUAAAGAAGAAUAUAAAUCCUGUGUGGGAUGAUGUGUUAACCCUGUACAUUAAAGAUCCCAAUGUUCCAAUCAUCCUCACGGUGCUUGACAAGGAUACGUUCACAGUGGAUGAUAAAAUGGGAGAGGCAGCCAUAGACAUCAAACCAUACAUGGAGUGCAUGAAGAUGGGGCUGCAGAACAUCCCCAACGGCACCCAAGUCCAGCGGGUCCAGCCCAGCCACACCAACUGCCUGUCCGAGGAGAGCUGCAUCGUCUGGAACGACGGCAAGAUGCGCCAAGACAUGCGCCUCAAAUUGAGGAAGGUGGAGCGCGGCGAGGUCGAGAUCCAGAUCGAGUGGAUCGAUCUCCCCACGGUCUAGAUUGAGAGCUUGUCUUCGUCUGUGCUAAAUUUUCUUCUACUACUUCCGUUGGACUUGGAUUCUAUAAUUAAUUAUGAUCAGCUGUUUGGCUUUGUAAUUUAGGAACGUAAAUGGAGUCCCUUGCAUCGGUUGGGUUGGAUGCAAUAGUGUUUGAUGAUGCAGUGUAGGACCACUUGAAGAUAUAUAAGAAUAGUGGUGGGUGGCUGAAGAGGGAAUAAAACGGGCCUGUAUUCUCUUA